UAUGCGCAUGCGCUGAUUGCCCCUUCGCCGUCUGUCGCCGGUGCGUGGGGGCUGUCCCGGUGUGUACCCGCGCUGCAUCCUGGAGGAAGUCUCGGCUGCACGGCGAGGGCGUCCGGCAGCAGAAAGAAGUGCGAUCUGCUGCAGGUGAGACUACAGGAUCCGAUCCAGUGCCGCUUCUCCGUGAUCCGAUUGCAAUGAGUGCACCAAAUAAAGCACUGGAACUACAGCUGCAAAUCAAGCAAAAUGCUGAAGAGCUGCAGGAUUUUAUGAGAGAACUGGAGAGCUGGGAAAAAGAUAUUAAAGAAGUAGAUUCUGAACUAAGGAAACAAAGUGGUGUCCCAGAAGAGAACUUGCCACCAAUUCGAAGCAAGGCUUUCAAGAAAAAGAAGAAAAGCAAAAGUAAAGUCCCUUCAAAGAUAACCACUGAGGAAAACAAGAAAAACAAGAUCAAGUCUUACGAUUAUGAAGCUUGGGGAAAACUUGAUGUGGAUAAAAUACUUGAAGAACUUGAUAAAGAAGAUAGCACUCAUGAUUCUGUAUCUCCGGAAUCGGACUCUGAAGAAGAUGGAAUUCGUAUAGAUACAGAAAAGGCUCUUGCAGAGAAGGAAAAGGGCAAUAACUACUUUAAACAAGGGAACUUUGAUGAAGCUAUAAAGUGCUAUACUAGAGGGAUGCACUCUGAUCCAUACAAUCCAGUAUUGCCCACAAACAGAGCGUCAGCUUUUUAUAGAAUGAAAAAGUUUUCUGUUGCAGAAUCUGACUGCAAUUUAGCACUGGCUUUAGAUAAAAAUUACACAAAGGCUUAUGCCAGAAGAGGGGCUGCUCGCUUUGCUUUGAAAAAUCUUCAAGGUGCUAAAGAAGAUUAUGAGAAAGUUUUAGAACUGGAUGCAAACAACUUUGAAGCAAAAAAUGAACUGAAGAAAAUAUAUCAGGCUCUAUCAUCAAAAGAACCUCCAGAACAGAAAGAGCUUGAAGAUGCUGUCAGACCAGAAUUAACAGACACUGAGAAACAGCGCAUUGAGGACCAGCAGCUCAAGCAGAAGGCUAUUGCAGAAAAAGAUUUGGGUAAUGGUUAUUUCAAAGAAGGGAAAUAUGAGGCUGCAAUAGAAUGUUACACCCGUGGUAUAGCAGCAGAUGGCACCAAUGCUCUUCUGCCAGCUAACAGAGCAAUGGCCUACCUGAAGAUUGAAAAAUAUGAAGAGGCAGAAAAUGACUGUACACAAGCUCUGCUCCUAGAUGCAUCCUAUUCUAAAGCCUUUGCCAGAAGAGGAGCUGCCAGAGUUGCUCUUGGAAAGCUAGAAGAAGCUGUGCAAGAUUUUGAAGCUGUUCUGAAGCUGGAACCUGGAAAUAAACAAGCUAUAAAUGAACUAACUAAAAUAAGGAAUGAAUUAGCUGAGAAAGAGAGGUGGACUCAUCAAGAUUAUCCUGCAGUACUGAUAAAAGAAGAGGAGAAAAAAAAUAUAGUGAAAGCGAUUGAUAAUCCAUUAUACCUGAAAUCAACAAAGCCUUUGCAAAGAAUACCCAUUGAAGAUAUUGAUGAUGACACACCAUCUAUGUCAUCAGCAAUGCCCAGCACUACUACUUCACUCAAUAACUGGAGGAAUUCAGUGAGCAUUGAAACAACAGAGAAUCAGGAUGAUCAUUUGACUGCCGUGGACAUUCCAAAAGCAAAGCACUUGAAAAUAGAAGAAAUCAGUGAUAUGUCACCAUUGCAGCUUCCUGCUAGUGUGAAAGGAAUUUCACCAGUGUUGCAUCCUUCAUUCCCUGUGAACAAACAGAGAGAAAAAGAAAUCGAAAGGUCAUGUAGCUCUGUUUCUUCAAUCCCUCCCAUUCCUGCAAAUUCUUUCCAGCUUGAAUCUGACUUCAGAAAGUUGAAAGAUUGUCUGGAAAAUAUGUACUUGUACCUGAAGCAAAUAGAGCCUUCACUUUAUCAAAAACUGUUCCAGAAAUCCUUAGAUCCAGACUUGUUUAACCAGAUACUGAAAAUUCUGCAUGAUUUCUACAUUGAGAAAGAGGAACCAGCACUCAUCCUUGAAAUCCUCCAGAGGCUAUCUGAAUUAAAAAGAUUUGAUAUGGCAGUAAUGUUUAUGUCAGGCUCAGAGAAAAAAAUUACACAAGCAUUGUUCAAUCAUGUGAACCGCAUGGGAUUGAAAGAUACAUCUGUUGAAGAAUUGGAGAGGAAGUAUGGCAUUUUCUCUUGGUGAAAUGACUGACAGGUUUCUGUUUCCACACCUCCUUAAUGUGGAAGUCAUCUGAAGAAGGCUAUGAAGACUGGAAUUUUGUUGCUUUUGUUUAAGUAAUGUAACUCUUAAACUUGGUUUAGCCAAAUGGCAAGUGCCCAAAGACAAAAUUACCUAGUUCUGAAGGUACAAUUUGCUUUCCAGCACCUGAAACAGUAGAAGUCUGCGUUGUCUUCAGUGGAAUCUGCUUGCCUAAAAAAACACCUGGGCAGGUUAAGCGUUCAGAAUUUGGAUUGUAGAUAGAGGUCUUUAUUAAAAGGAAUAAAUAUUUAUAAACAUGUCUUUGCUAAGAAUCAAAUGGUGUAUAUUACAGAUGUGCACAGUUUUUAUUUUAGGAAAUAAACUGAACGUUGAAUCGAA